AUGUUCAUGGUCAUGCACAUGAAGGGGAGCAUGGCAUCCGACUUCUUUCGACUGUGCACCGUGCACAAACUUCCAGGUACCUCGCAGGCCCUGUCGUGGGAAAGCCUUACUCUGCAGAUCAGUCAUCAUGAGCCUGUUGUCACCCACGCAGUGAUUGCAUUGGCGGCGAUACAUCGCUCUCAAGCGCCGCCAAGAUGUGCUUCCGACUCACCAGGGACGACGCCACCUGCAGAUCUAGUGUCAGAGCAGGUUGACUUCGCCCUCGACCAAUACAGAAAAGCCGUCUCACAUCUUCGCUCCUACAUAGCGGCACUCUCAGAGCCCACCAAUGCUCAGGUUGAAGUUGUCCUCCUUCUCACGCUGCUCUUCUUCUGCUUUGACGUCCUACGGGCAGAAGACGAGAGUGCUGGAGCGCAUCUAUACACUGGCUUGAAGGUUCUGUGUGAACGCCUGCAAUGCAUCGCCAUCCGAGAAGGUGGCGAUAGUCAGAGACAUGUGCUGGAUCUGCGGACUCUCCCUCACACCAAUCUGGACCUGCUGGCGCAGACCUUCGUCCGCUUGGAUGCCGAUCUGACGCUCCAUACUGGCCAGGAUCAUGCUCUGUUACUCCCGGGAUGCGAUGUGCCUAUUCCGAAGUUGUUUUCGUCCAUUGAUGAAGCCACGGUCCACCUCGAUGCGCUCGGUGGCGAGCUCAUGGAGAUCCUUUUCGCCAUCACAAAUGUCGGCCGGCCUGUGUUGGCAGAGGAAUACGAUACUUCUGCGACGGACGAAGACACUGUGGAAUGCUACCUGAACGCCAUGACAAGAAGACUCGCACUCCCUAAUGACCUCUCAACACAAAUCCAUCUCUUCAAACCAGAUUGCCAGAAGUGGAUGUCAGCCUACGCACAACUGCGUCAAAAGAAAGAAGACGAGCCUGCCCACAUUUUAGCCAGCAUCAACUUCUUCCUAAUCUGGUUCACAAUCACCAACCUCCAGAUCGCUUCCGAGAUGGGCUACGACUCACACCACGCCCAGCUCAUCCACAUGGUAGACUUCUGCGAGCGUUAUCUUAGCCUCGGAAAGCCUCGCGGCAGAGCUGACUGCCACACUACCCGACCUGCCUUUACAACAGGACCACGAACAUGGCCGGGGUCUUCGACGGUGAAUUUAUCGCUUCCCUGCUCGGGCACCAAAUCUGCCUGGAGGAGACGAGAGCGAGGCCUAUCACCGGUGAUUGGACGACCCGCCGACAUCCCGGAAGAGGCCCGACUACUGGACAGCGACCUAUGUCUGGACCCGGGGAAUGGCAUCAACAUGAGCAAUAUCUGCAAACAAGGUCGUGGAAGGCGUGUAUAUGCUACAUAA